AUGGCAAUUAAGGUCCAUGGAGUUCCAGUAUCCACGUGCACCGCAGGAGUUUUGCUUUGCCUCCAUGAGAAAGGCCUUCAUUACGAGCUCCUGCCCGUUGACUUGGCCGCCGGAGCUCACAAACAAGACCCAUAUCUUUCCCUAAAUCCAUUUGGCCAAAUACCAGCGGUAGAAGAUGGCGAAUUCAGUCUUUUUGAAUCAAGGGCAAUCAACCGAUACUUGGCACGCAAGCACAAAGACAUCGGGACGGAUCUCCUCCGAGCAAAUAGCUUACCGGAGUCCGCCCUUGUGGAAACAUGGAUGGAAGUGGAGGCACAUCAAUUUCAUGGUCCAGCUACAGCAAUCCUGCACGAAAUAAUUGUGAAUCCCAUGUAUGGGAUUGCUUCUAAUGAGCAAACCAUUGAAACAGAAAUGGAGAAGCUAGGAAAAGUCCUAGAUGUGUACGAGGAAAGGUUGUCUAAAUAUAAAUACCUUGCCGGAGAAAACUAUACCCUGGCUGAUCUGCAGCACAUUCCCAACCUUGUUUACUUCAUGAAAACAACAAAGGCCGAAGCCAUUACUUGUCGUCCCCAUGUGAGGGCUUGGUGGGAUGACAUUUCCUCUAGGCCUGCAACUCUAAAAGUUUCUGCAAAUAUGAAGUUAAUUUAG